UACAAAACAUUUUGCGUCGGACCGAGGUACAUCUGCCUUAAUCUUGUCCCUAUAUAAAUUGUGAUGGCUUUGGCACAUUGAGUUACAGUCUGACAGGGACACUAAACACCAUAGCAUCUCAAACCCAUCAUUGAUUUUAGUUUCCAAUUAAGGCCUCCAAUUUACGAUGGGAAUUCCACCCGGCCCCGCAUUCUAUUCGGCCCUCGCCCAACGGGAAUCUGGUAAUGAUCCAACAAUCGUGAAUUCAUGGGGAUUCAUGGGUCUCUAUCAGAUGGGGCCAUCCGCCCUGCAGGACAUCGGAUACAUGGACGGUAAUGGAAGAUGGCUCGGUGGAAAUGGAAGACCUUCCUCGCAGGCAGAAUUUCUAAAUAGUCGAGCCAUCCAGGAUCAAGCGAUUCGACAAUAUCACAUCCUCCUUUGGAGUCGAAUCCCGCAAGAUGUGAAAAAUGCGGUAGGAAGUCGUGUCGGUCGCGUGAAUAAAGUAACAGAAUCAGGUCUGUUGGCUGGGGCACACCUUCGCGGACCCGGCGGUGUGAUUGACUACAUACGAAGUGGGGGACAGAUUGAUGAUAAGGAUGAAAUUGGGACACCUUGCAGUGAUUAUAUUAUUCAAUUUGGGGGAUAUGAUUAAAUUUGGCGAAUAUCAAGUCAACCUUUUACUGUUUAAUAUCUUUUAUGUAUGGGUCGAUCAAAGAUUUUGUAAUUGGCCUAAUAAGUAAAAUAUACAUAAUUACCAAUUUUUAAUCGAGGUAAUAAUAAAUGCAUAGGCAAAUGUAUGCAAACAGGUGGAAUUCA